CGACCUGGUGACGUGAGGAGCGUUCCAUUCCGCCAGCGGUGGGCGGUUGCCACAGCUGGUUUAGGGCCCCGACCACUGGGGUCCCCUGUCAGGAGGAGGCAGCCUCCCUGCCUGGGAGGAGAAGUAGCUGCCACCUUUGACGGCUGACGCGAUCCUCUGGGACAGUGGUGCACUUUCUGCCCUCAGUUGCGGGGCCGAGUUCGGGCUCCCUCGUUCAGGGCUGCAAGUUGGACUUUGGAUGAUGGUUGACGCAGUGACAACAAUAGUAGGAGAUGUGAUUUCAAAGCUGGGCUCAGCUUUUGUUUCUUCUCUCGUGUAGUGACAAAGCCCAUUUGGGACCAGGAACUGCAAUCAUGUCUGUGAUGGUGGUAAGAAAGAAGGUGACACGGAAAUGGGAGAAACUCCCAGGCAGAAACACCUUCUGCUGUGAUGGUCGCGUCAUGAUGGCCCGGCAAAAGGGCAUCUUCUACUUGACCCUCUUCCUGAUCCUGGGGACAUGUACACUCUUCUUUGCCUUCGAGUGUCGCUACCUGGCGGUUCAGCUGUCUCCUGCUAUUCCUGUGUUUGCUGCCAUGCUCUUUCUUUUCUCCAUGGCCACUCUGUUGAGAACCAGUUUCAGCGACCCUGGCGUGAUUCCUCGGGCCCUACCAGACGAAGCAGCUUUCAUAGAAAUGGAGAUAGAAGCUACCAAUGGUGCAGUACCUCAGGGCCAGAGACCACCCCCUCGUAUCAAGAAUUUCCAGAUAAACAACCAGAUUGUGAAACUGAAAUACUGUUAUACAUGCAAGAUCUUCCGGCCACCCCGGGCUUCCCAUUGCAGCAUCUGUGACAACUGUGUGGAGCGCUUCGACCAUCACUGCCCCUGGGUGGGGAACUGUGUUGGAAAGAGGAACUACCGCUACUUCUACCUCUUCAUUCUUUCUCUCUCCCUCCUCACAAUUUAUGUCUUCGCCUUCAACAUCGUCUACGUGGCCCUCAAAUCUUUGAAAAUUGGCUUUCUGGAGACAUUGAAAGAAACUCCUGGAACUGUUCUAGAAGUUCUCAUUUGCUUCUUCACACUGUGGUCUGUUGUGGGACUGACUGGAUUUCACACUUUCCUCGUGGCUCUCAACCAGACAACCAAUGAAGACAUCAAAGGAUCGUGGACAGGGAAGAAUCGUGUGCAGAAUCCCUACAGCCAUGGCAACAUUGUGAAGAACUGCUGUGAAGUGCUUUGUGGUCCCUUGCCCCCUAGUGUGCUGGAUCGAAGGGGUAUUUUGCCACUGGAGGAAAGUGGAAGCCGACCUCCCAGUACUCAAGAGACCAGUAGCAGCCUCUUGCCACAGAGCCCAGCUCCAGCAGAACAUAUGAACUCUGAGAUGCCGGAGGACACCAGCACUCCAGAAGAGAUGCCACCUCCAGAGCCCCCAGAGCCACCACAGCAGGAAGCUGAAGUUGAGAAGUAGCUUAACUAUGGAAGAGACUUUUGUUUGUGUUGAAUUAGGGCUAUGAGAGACUUCAGGGGAGAAGAUAAACCUGAGACAGAGAGCAAAUAAGCUGUCCCUUAGUUACUAUCGUUGUUUUUUUUUUUUUUUUUAAUUCAUCCAAUUGCACACUGGCAUUUUCUUGCUGCAAGCUUUUUUUUUUUU